CCCAGCCAAACCUGCGUGGGAUGCGGGAGAUCACGAUGAUCUCCCUCUUUGCCAUGCAGCCUGUUGCUCACCGAGAAUCCUGCUGUUCUUGUUUCCCCAUGCGGCCGGCAAUUCAAGUGCCAAAUUGCCGGGAGUGUGUAACAGUAAUUGUACAUGAUUUUAUCCAUGACUGGCUGUGGUUGGUGAGGUUGUAGGUUGGUUGGUGAAGCGGAGCGAAGGUGGAAGUGUCGAGUUCACGUACGGAGUAUCUAUUACCAGCUGUUUCCCUCCCACUGCCAUACUAUCCAAGUCCAUAUGACAAUACCUACACACACACAUACAUACAUGAAUACAUACAUACACAGUUACCUACAUGCUGAAUAUGCAGUUUAGACAAUCUCGUCACAUUAUUCCAAGAAUAACAUCGCCUCUUAUACAUAUGUUAACCUUGGCCUGCAUCUUGACCGGACCCCAAACAUGGGGCGGACUCGGAGAGUGAGUGUCUACAUACUUUCAACCACUGCACUUGGGGGAAAGAAAAACAAAAAAUAGAACAAAAGGAAGCAAGUGUGAAGCAUUCCCAUCCUCCUAUUACUCAUCGAAUGAGUCCAGAACGAGGUCAAUCCCGGUCGAAUUCGGGUUCGUUCAGUGCAGUCAGUCGAGAUGGAAAUUCUUCUUGCAUCCUAGUAAGUAUGUAGCUGCAUACUUUCUCAAUGAUGAUUGAUGGU